AUGUCACUCAAAGGUUCUACUACAACAUCACAGCUUCUCAGAGAGAAAGCUACACCCGACAAGAAGCUAAACAAAAAAAACCUCACUAAUUUGCAAGAUAUCGAAUCGGCAUUGUAUGAUUUGGAGAUCGAGGAAGAUAGCCAGCAGAGGACACGACGGGUUUGUAAUUGCAUGGCUCGAAAGCAUCCUUUAUUUGAAAUUGCUCCUAACUGCUUGAACUGCGGAAAGAUCAUAUGCACAAAGGAAGGUUUGCAGCCAUGCUCGUUUUGUGGGAGCGACCUUAUAGCAGCAAAUGACAAAGAUGCAAUCAUACAGGUUUUAAACAAAGAGAAGAACGAGCUACUAAGACAAGAUCAAAGAGUUGAGGCUCCUAGCCAGCCAAAGCAGAAAAAGAAGAUAGUUGUCAAGAUGAACCCAGGUGAGAAAUUUUGGGAAGCUCAAGAUAGAGCAUUUAAAUUAGCUGAACAGGAGUUGAAGAAUCGAGAUCAACCAACAGAAGUAGCACACGAGGUUAAUGCAGAACAACACACCAGUACCAAUCUGGAUCAGGAUUUGGAUAGCGCAAGGGCAAGACUUGAAACGCUAUUGAAUUUCCAAGAUACGGGAGCCGAGAGAACAAGAAUUAUAGACAAUGCGUCGGAUUUCGAAAUGCCAACACAAUCGAUAUGGCUAUCACCAGAAGAGAGGGCCCUCAACUUGAAAAUGAAGCAACGGUUAGCUAGAGAUGAAAAAAGGGAGAAAGUUCGCCAGAAAAGAGGGGAAAAACAGCUUGAGAUGGUGAUAAAAAAUGGCAAAGUGGUAAUGGUUGAGAAGUAUACACCAGUUAAGGAGGAAGUCACAGAGGAUGAGCAGCAAUUGAUGAAUGAGAUUAAAAAGUCAAAGACAGCACAAGAAAAGAACAAUUCAGUGUGGGACUACGAUCAGGAUAAAAUCAAAUGGGGAAAGCCAGUGUAUUUUUCAAAUUCUAAUCAAACAGACCCAGAGCAAGAGUUCAAAGGCGAGCCUAAACCUAGAGUACAAUUUGAGUCAAGCAAGGAUACCUCUGAAUUGAUAGCUACAAUGAUAUAG